CAUGUUCUUCACAGUUGGAAACUGAAGAUAAUGAUUUUUUUAUUAAAACAGUAGUAAUGGGAUGCACUUGUGUUCUGGAAGUCUUGGAUUUUCAUGCAUAUUUGUGAAAAAGUUGUAAAUUUUGCUAAACAAAAAAUUGUGAUUUUAAUUUAACGUUAGGCCCUGGGGGUUCAUGCAGACAGAUAACAGCUAGACUGACCAGCAUUAAAGGACCCAAAGACAGCUAAAGGCCCCAAGGAAAAAUUAGGGGAAAGGAAGGCAAGUGAUCAGAAGGUCUGAUCAGUGCACUGUACAGUUUUAGGUGUGAAGUGGACUUGCUGGCUACUAGAAGAAGAUAUUGGGGAAAAAGAGAACAGAGCAGAAAAUCACUGAAGUGGAGAAAAUUGCUUGUAUUGUUAUCUGUGAUAAGACCAAGAAGUGUCAUAAUUACAGAAGCACUUCAUUAAUGAGGUUGUAUUUUUGUUAAAUUGGAGUUUUGGAAAUUACAUUGGCUGCUAAAUUUCCUGAAUUAAAUGAACGUGCAUUAUUAGUAUGGAAAAAUCGUUGGACUGUAACUUGUGAAUGGGUAAAAGAGAUGGAUAAAUAACCAGAUGAAUUACUCUGCUUGUAUCAUUCAGAAGAGUGAAUAGUCAAUAGAGUUUAACAAGUGGGGUUAUAAGUGUGCUGCUAUUGGAGUAUUUAAGAGAGACUGAUGUUAUUUGAAUUGGGUAUUUGAGUGAAAGCGGAAUAUUCAAACUUGAGUGCACAUAGCAUUGGAUUAAAUCUACUGCUGCAGAAAAUAGAGAAUAUUGAUAGAAUAAGUUUUCGCAAAAGUGGAUUUAGCUUUUCUGUAACUUCAUUGAGUAAAUAUGAUAGAUAAAGGAAAAUAAUUGAUUAAAUUAAUAGUUGAAAAAGCUACUUAGAACAUGUGAUGUUUGAACACUGUUGGAGUAUGGUUUUGAACUGAAGAAUAUAGAAAGUGUUCUUUGGAAUUGGAGUGAAAAAUUAUGAUGAUUAGCAGAUUGUUUUAAAAAAAUUGAGAAGGAAAAAUAAAUGAUGGCGAAUAUGAAGUUGCUGUUUGUGAUAACCGUUAUUUCGUGCUGGAUAUCGACAUUUGCUCAAGACGUGGUAUACUACAUUGACGAAGAAUUACCGAAUUCGACCUUCAUCGGAAAUGUAAUGAACGAUUCAAACUUGUUUUCGGCAAUAGGAGGUGCUGAUUCUGCAACUUUGAUCUUUUCGACAACAGACAAUGAAUAUGCUCAUUAUUUUCGAGUGAAUGAAAGGACUAGUGAUCUUUAUACAAACGGUAAUAUCGACAGGGAAGUUAUUUGUGAAUUUUCAGAAUCGUGCAUGCUGAAUAUUCAAAUAUUUGCGAAAUCAACUCUAGGCAGUUUUUUUCAUAUUUUGAAAAUUAACAUUUUUGUCAAAGACAUCAACGACCACUCGCCAGUGUUUUCCAAUCCUACUCUGAGAAUGACGAUUUCAGAAUCAGUGGUUGUUGGAACUUCGUUUGCAAUAAACGGGGCACGGGACAGGGACACAUCUACAGAUUUUUCACUCAAACACUAUUAUCUCGAAUCGGGAAUGGAGUCUGGCAACUUGCCGUUUUCAAUACAGUUUGUGAAACAUCUUGACGGAAGUUCCACUGUCAGACUUUUUGUCACAGAAGCUUUGGACCGAGAAAUUCAGGACUCCUAUAUUUUUGAAAUCAUCGCUGCUGAUGGUGAUCAGCCUUCAAGAAAAGGGAAGUUACUGGUGACCGUUGAAGUUUCCGAUGUCAAUGAUAAUACACCAACUUUUAACACUACUUCAUAUAACUGUACAGUGUCUGAAGAGACAGAAAUAAACUCUGUCAUUAUCAAACUCAACGCAACAGAUCCCGAUUUUGAAGAAAAUGGACUGGUCAAGUACAGGUUUAGUACCCAUCAAUCUGCAGACAUAUUCACACAUUUCCAAAUCAGUGAAAACACAGGCGAUAUCAUAUUGAAGCAGAAAGUUGUAUACUCACCAGGAAAAAUGUACAACAUUAUAGUCGAAGCUUUCGACAAUCCUGCAAAUGGACAAUCUCUUUCUACACAGACUCUAGUCCGAGUUAUUGUGGAAAACAGUGGUAAUAACGCCCCAUUAAUCAAAGUAUCAAAGACGAGCAACGAAGUUGCAGAGAACGCAAACAUCGGGAAAGUCGUGGCAUACGUCGAGGUUCAGGACCACGAUUUUGGGAAGGAAGGAAUGGCAAGCUGCAUCAUACAGGCCAUCGAUUUUGACAUGCAGAGAAUCGAUAUGAAUCGGUACAAGGUAUUUGUCAGCCAGCAGCUUGACUAUGAGCGUACGAGGUCACAGGAAGUGACGAUCCAUUGCCAAGACAACGGAGAUCGACCCCUAUCGGCUUCAACAACAUUUGUCAUUAACAUUCUCGACUUCAACGACCACUCACCGAUUUUCAGCGAGGACUUUUACACUGCCAAUGUGCGUGAAGACACGACUCAAGGAAGACUGAUCUUCGAGGUCAGCGCGAGUGACGCUGACACAGGGAAUAAUUCCCUGAUUGAUUUUCUGGUGGAAAAGAAGUUUCAGCACUUGUUUUACUUUGAGAAGUCAGCUAUUAAAGAAAAUGCGGCUUAUUUGAAACUUGGCGGACCCCUUGAUCGGGAGAUAAAUUCUUCAUUUGUGUUUUCAAUUUAUGCCAAAGACAAUGGUGAAACCAGAAAGACCGGCACGGCCACUGUUAGUUUGACGAUCACUGAUGUCAAUGAUGAAAGACCAAACUUCACAAAAACACCAUUUGAAUUCUAUGUUCCCGAAAAUCUACCCCCAAAUUCCGAUGUCAAUAGGAUAACAGCCAUUGAUAAUGACUUGGGAAUUAAUGCACAAGUUGAGUUCAAAAUGCAUCCUGACUACAUUGGAAAAGUACCUUUUGUCGUUUUUGCAGACGGAAAAAUUAAAACUAACCAUGACCUUGAUCGGGAGCAAAGAGACAGAUACGAGUUUAAGGUCAUUGGAACAGACAGGGGUGAACCAUCGCUUAGCAACACCGGAAAUGUCAUCGUCCGAGUAACUGAUGCCAACGAUAAUGUUCCAAUUAUCAAGUUUCCCAAACUCGGAAAUAAUACUUUGUUUUUAAGUCAGUCCGUAAAAGCUUGGCAAAUUAUCUCAAGAGUGAAUGCCUCAGAUAUUGAUGAAGUGGGCUCCGGAAAUAGUAGACUUACAUUUAGCAUUGAAGGGAGAAAUGACUCAAACCUAUUCCAAAUAAAUCCAAAUACUGGUGAAAUUCAGGUCACAGGGACUUUGCUAGGCAGUGACAUCGGUAAAAUAUUUAUGCUCGAGCUGUAUGUGACAGAUAACGGUAAACCUACAAAACUUGGAGCCGAGACGGUGCUUUACAUUAAAGUUAGGUCAGAAAAUGCAACCAACGCGGCUGCGUCAACCGACAUUCUAAGCAAUAAAAAUAUCCUCAUAGCAGUUAUUGUGAGUGUUGUGACUGUCGUAGUGUCAUUCGGAAUUGUGGCAGUUAUAUGUGUUAUAAGGAAAAUUGAUCGUGAACGUAAAUUGGAACAACAGAUAAAAAAUAACAACCAAAUGACAGUGGACCCAGAUAUUAACAGUAAACAAGUGUUUGAUGGAAGCAUAACAGUGUUUUCUCUCCCAUCGGAAGACAGUCUACUCGAGAAAAAGAAAAAAGAAGUCAGCUUCUCCCUUGAGGACGACGUUUUUUCCGAUGAUGAUUUAAUUCAGAAAAAUGGUAUUGACCACAAUCAUCGACAUUUUAAACCAUCAAGCCUGGCGUAUCUUUCCCCAAUUCCUAAGAAGGUUGAGGACAACCACAGUGAGACGUCAGGGGACACUGGGACCAGUGAUAGUGGGCGGGGAGGCAGUGAUGAGGAGAUACAUACCAGCAUGUCACAGUCCCCACGGGACAAAAUGAUGGAUUUUACCAGACCUCUUCCACACAUGGCACACCAGGAGAUUAUUCCAUUUUCAUUCAAAAAGGGCCUCUCCGCCCCUUAUAACAAUAGAGACUUCAAUAAUAGACCUUGUGUGCUCAACAGUGAUAGGAAAAACUCUGACAUUGAAAUGACCUCUCAUGACCUUGACUUUAGAAGGUCACCUUUACCCACAAUGGCUGUCCAUAUGCCAGGAUCAGACUCGCUGGAUAGAUCCAGAAGUAAAGUGGUGCUUUUACAACAGACUGAUUCUGGUGUUCAUAGUGACACAAACUCCAAUGAAAGUGAUAACACAGUCAGAGAUUGUAUGGUUUGAGAUUAUUUUUUGUAAUUUUUGUGUACUUUUGGUUUAGAGAUUAUGAGUUUCUAUAUUUAGAUGUGAUCUAUUUAUAGUAUAAAAGUGCAAAUGGAGGGAAAAGUUUAAAUACUUGUAUGUGAUCAACAAUAUGCAUUGUUUCAAAGCUUUUAAAGCAAAACCUGUAUCAAUUAUGGACACAAUCACUAGACACAAUUAUAAUGCGCUUCCGUUACCACUCAUAAACACAAUUAAACUGUUGAAAUGGCAAUAGGAUAAGAGGGUGACAAUAACAAUGGAACUAGAAGAAAGAACUUCUUCUGAGAAAUCCUGCAGCGCCUUACCACCUCUCGCUGCAGCCUUCCAUCCACUAGACCGGGCUUGACCAAAGCCUCCAAAGCUACUAUAUCAGACCAGACUAUUCCAUUUAAGGCUGGAGGACAUUUAAAUGAUGUUGAAGGGAGGCAACUUAGACAAUAAUCAAGGGAGGCUAUUGGAAGAAUCAAGAAGGGGAACUACCGUAGACAAAUGGACAAACCACAAUCAUUUCUUAAACUUACAAUUUAAUGUGAAAAAUGAAAUUUGUAUUCUACUUACAAUGUAAUGCAAAAAAUGAAAUUUGUAUUCUACAAAUUUUAUUUAUUACAAAAUAAAUUGAAUUUUAGGCAUUAGUUCUAUUAUAUAAGCAUGCACUUUUGAUGGACAAUUUCAGAAUAUUGACUGUAAGAAUUAUCUUAAAUUCAUGAUUUUUUUUGUCAAAUUCCCAUGGUAAGCUUUGAGAAUAACUGAGCUGUCUACACUUUGAGUUAUCAAUCAGGACAAAAAAAAAAGAUUUGAUCCUCAACAGAGAUUUAAAUUUCUCAGUAAUAUUGCAAUGAUAAAAUCACAGUGACAACUCGUUGACAAUCAUUCUUUUUAAUUGCAAGAUUGCACCUAAUUUGUCUUCCUCAAUUUCUCAAUUUUAUUAAAGUUUGCUUUUUCCCUUAAGCCUUUCUCUCGUUUGUCACUUAAUAUAACGUUUUGUCUGCUGCAGAAAUGCCAUACACGUUUCAUAAAUUGGAUUUCAUCGGUUAAUGUGUUUGAAUGUUUUUUUCCUAUGACACAAAUCAUCAAUAUAUACCAGCUUUUUCAGUAUUCUGUCUUGUACACAAUCUAGUCUGACUUCAUACUUUGAAGUAUUCGUACACACAUUUACUAUUUAUUGCAUUUUUUUAUUAUUUUUAGUUUUCCUGAAUUUUUGAAAUGUCCGUUGGUCUAAAAAUGAUCGUUUUUGGAUUAAAUGGAAUUUGAAAAUGUAUCUAUUAAUUUCAAGGACAUAUAAACUAUGAUAUAUAUGUCCCUGAUAAAAUGCAUUUACUAGCAAUGUUUGCGUUACAUCAUUUUUACUAUGUUAAUUAAAUGCAAUAUAAUUAAAAGUAAGAAUUUUGGUAUUAUAAUAUAAAUACUAUUGUUAUGAGUAGUUUUUGAGUGAUUUUGUAUAUUUAUAUAAAUAUUUAAUGUGUCUCUUUUUGUGUAUAUUUUAAAUUAUUAUGUUUCAAAGUAUUGUGAUAUUAUCAAAAUUCAUGUCAUGCAAUU